AUGCCAUUCGAGGAGACACCGCCCACUCAACCACCGUUAGCACCUGGAGAACCUCCAGUCAAUCGUCUAGCGAUUACAACCCUGCUAUCAUCUGAAGUGGAAGCAGAAAUCUUGACUAAACCCCAUGAUUCUGUUCUUCGGAAGGAACAACAGGUCAUGGGAAUGUUGAGUGCUGAUGGUUCCACCCGACAGACAAGUACAGUGAUACCGCACAGUUAUGUCAGUGAUGAUGACGACGAUGACGAGGAAGAGCGCAGCUAUCGCGAUGCGAAGGGUGAGCAGAGUUGUCUGAAGUGCGCUGUUAUGUGA